AUGCGGAUUGAGGACUGCAGCUUCUGUGGCCGGCCGGCCUACCCUUCCAAGGGCAUCACCUUUGUCAGAAACGAUGGCAAAUCAUUCCGAUUCUGCCGAUCAAAAUGCAACCGCAACUACAAGAUGAAGCGCAACCCCCGCAAGCUCAAGUGGACAAAGGCCUACCGGCGCAACGCGGGCAAGGAGAUGACGGUGGACAGCACGCUGCAGUUCGCCGCGCGGCGCAACGAGCCCGUGCGCUACGACCGCGACCUGGCGGCCAAGACGCUCGCGGCCAUCAAGCGCGUCAGCGAGAUCCGCGCCCGCCGCGAGCGCGUCUUCUACAAGAAGCGCAUGGCCGGCAAGCGCGAGCGCGAGCUGGCCGCCGCCCGCAAGCUCGUCGCCGAGAACGAGCACCUGCUGCCGCGGCUGCGGGGCAGCGAGAAGAAGAGGCUGGCCGAGCUGGCGGCCGAGAGGGGCGAGGACGUGGUCGUCGAGGAGGAGGAGCAGAUGCUGCUUGCCACGAGGAAGAAUGCCGUCAAGGCUUUUGGCGGCGAGCAGAGGAGGGUCAAGGUGCGGGUGGAUGGUGGUGUGGAGGAGGAGAUUGUGCGUACGAUUCGGGAAGAGGUGGACGAGGAAGACGACGACGAGGAUGUCGACAUGGAGGACUGA